AUCAGUGAUCAGAGUCGAGAUAGAGAAGAGAGUAGGAAAAGCAAUAAGAAGAAAGAGGUAAAGAGGAAUUUAAAGUGGGUCUGGCUGGACUGGAUUGAAUCGGCUCAAUCAAAUGGCGCUUUCUGAAGUUUAUGGUGUAGAAAAUUUACUUGGAAGAAACAAUAUAUCUUUUCGGCCGGCUGACAAUGAACAAGAAAGACAAACAAUGGACAGUUACUCACCAUGGUCCUACCAGUUCCCACACAUGGACAUCUUUCAGAAUGGACAGUCACAUGCAGAAAGCACAGAAACAGCAUCUCAGUCCUCAGUCAUGAAUGAUUUGGUAUCUAAACUGCUAGAAGAUGAUUGCUGUGUACAGAGUAAUAACAUAUCCCGACCCAUCAAUGGAGAUAGCUUCUCUUCCAUGAACAACAUUGGUAGCUGGGUCCCUCCACCCACCAACAAGCCCCCUCCUCCUCUGCCGCAGUCGUCUUCGUUUCUGGACUAUGGAAUGAGUCUUCUCAAUAUCGAAACCCAACCUCAAGUACACACAAAUGGUUUCCAUCUGGGUGACGAUCUCAAGGAACCGAGCUCUGUCAGUCCAUUCAUCAACAACAUGUUCACGUCUGGCUCGGCUGACCUUGACUCAGUAAGUUCAUUGUUCGACAGUGAAUUACCCAACGAACAACAAAUGUAUAACUAUGUUCAGAACAAAAUGAGUGUCAAUCUAGAAUCCUUGCUGAAUGAUUCGGUCCCAGUUCCAACAACUAACAAGGUGGAAGAGUCCUCACCAUUAAAUUUGAUUGAGAAUAAUUACAUCAGUGGACCAGAAAACAGUUUUAUUAAGAUGCCAUUGUUAGAAAAUGGCUACACCAAAGUACCGGAAAAUAGUUUUCAACGAAUGGAAGUCCUAGACAAUAAUUUUGGUAAAAACUUACCAGAAGCCAGGUUUAACAAAAGUGUAGCGGACAUGUUUAACAAAGGACUUGGACCUGAGAAGAAUUACAAGGGCCUUGAUUUGAUGAACGAACCAAUGUUAAAAUCUCCCAACGUUGAUCUGUUCACACCCCCUCCCAAUAAAUAUUCCCCAAUCGGGUUCCCUCGUAACAGAAUGUUACCCAUGCAGCAAACACAGAAUGGAGUACUAAAUCAACGGGACAUGCUUGCCCUGGUGGAAAUGGGCUUUAACAAUAACAACAACAAUCCUCUAGUGGCGAAUAACAAUCUGGAGAAGCUCUGCUAUGGAUUCCCCAUGGGACAAUUCAUGGAUCCUGCACUCCUCAUGCAUUUCCGACCUAACAACCCGGAAAUGUUCCCGUUGUAUGACUCAGUUCCUCACCACCUACUUGCCUUCCGGAAUGCAAGGCGCAGUGGACCAGCAACUGAGCUUCACGGAUUCCUGGAGCUUUGCUAUGAUGAAUUCAAAAGGUUAGAAAAGGAACGGAAAAAGACUGAAGCAGAUCUUGCACGGAACAAUCCAGGAAAGAAGGUGUCUUCAGCUAACAAUAUCCCGGUCCCACGCCUGCCUAUGAACCCAUCUCGCGUAGACCGACUUAUUGUGGACAUGCUACGGGAACACGCACGUGUCAUUACGCUGGUUGCCAAGAUGGAAAACCUGCGUGGAGACAGGCUGCCAGACAAUAUUGGAGUCAACAUGCAACGCUGGCUGGAUGCCAUCAGGCGCGUGCAGGCUUGUCGGCGAGAAGAGAUCCUCAACUCCGGCAACCGUCGUAGCCACCCACUCUCCCACCUGCGAACUACUGACGAGAAAGACAUGGCAGCCCUGGCCAUCAGUAUCAAGGAGCUGAUCAAGGUGACUCGCAAGGCACGGAAGGGGAUGUACAUCGCUCUCAACAUGACCUUGCCGGGCGAACAAGAAUCAGCUACAAAAACCUCCAAAUAAGCAGUUGCUCACCUACCAAUACAUGUUAAUCGUUUGAUUCCUUUCACUUAAAUAUCUUAUUCACAAAGUAGAUAUAUCUUUGUUAUUGUUUUGUUUUUUUAUAUUAUGAGAUAAAUUUUAUAAAUGUGAUUCGACCCUUGAUCGUGCAAAGAUUUCGAUGGGUAGAUUAGUCUUUGAUAGAUAGUACGAUGUGUAUAGAAUAGAUUAGAUUUUCAUUUUUUGGCAUAGAGCUCAUGACGGGUGCAAGCAAUAAUGUCAGAGCCUCCUACGUACCAGGGUUGUUGUUGAAACUUUUAGUAGAUUUCUCACUUAUAUUUUUGUGACUGAUGCAUUUUCCAAUCGAAGAUAGGUUUUCUAGUUUGUUAUUCUUAAGUAUUUAUUUAUUCUUAUUAACCACAGUAUUUAUUAUUAUUUUAUAUUACUAGGAUCUUAGCGUUUGUAUUCCUUACAAAAUUUUACUUUAAUGUUUUGUUUGUUUAUUGCGGUCAAGCCGGUUUGUAGACAUCGCUAGACUUAACCAUUGCUUUCCAUGCUUUUAUGUAAGUUCUGGGCGUAUAGAAUCUCUGCUGUGUUGUUAUUUAGCGUAUUAGUGGAAUAUUUUGUUAGGCCUAAGUGUGUAGAAACAAAAAGUUUGUUAUUCUAAAUUCAUAUCUAUGGGGUGUGUCUAUGUUGUGCCCCCAAUAUGGAUGUAAUGCUCAACAGUAUAUUGUUCUUUUCGCUGCGACCGCGAGUCAACUCCACUGGCGUUCCAUUUUUACUUAUUUUCAUUUAUUACAUCAGUUAUAGUUUUUAAUACAAUUUUUUAAUGUGUUCCUGAUGAGAGAUGUUGAUUAAUGACAUGCCAGAUCGUAGAUGUGAUUUUUAGUUUCUAUCCAUUGACUGCGUUAUAUUAUAUUUUAUUAUAUACUUAAGCCAUUUUUGUGUCUGGAACACUCGUUUUUAUCACGUUGUAAAUGGAAGCUUGAGCAUGUUUUAUUGACAGGCCCAUCAUUCAACAGUUGAGACAUACAAAUGAGGCAAAUAGAUAAAAAUUAUGAGACACUAUUAUUUGUAUUAAUUCUUACUUUUACAAUCAUUAUAUUGUUAUGAAAAGUGUCAUGUUACAAUCUAACUUUUGUUCAGAAGAAAUCUUACCUAGUUCUGUCCGUUUAUAUGUACAACUCACACAACUUCAUAAUCUUAAGAAAAUAUAUAGAUAUUUUCAUCAGAUUAUUUUUUCAAAAGGUGUUUUAAAGAUCUGUACAUGAAUACUCAUAAUUAUAUAUUAUAAUAAAGUGUUUGUUUAUUUAUGAUUGGUGAAUAAAUGUAACCAAUAUAUAAUACACAAUUUUUAUCAAUCACAAAGUAUUAUUUUUUUAAUUUGUCUUAUUUUUAUGUAAAUUGUUGCUACUGAUUUGGAUGAGAGGAGUGUUACAGAGAUUUGUUAUUGUGUGUUGUAAAAAAAAUAUCACCAGCACAGUGUUUUAGUUUUUCUUUUAAUAUUCGAACAUUAGCAAAGGUUUUUAAAAAUCCUUAAUCAAAUCCUUAAUGUUUUUAAAAAUCUUGACAAUUCAAUGAGUGUUGAACGUUUUGAUGAAACCAAAGUUAUUCGCCUUCUCUAACACAUGCUCUGACUUGACUGAUGGUCGCCAGCUAUAGUUGUGGAAUGGUACCAAACCAAAAUGAAUCCUUUAUAAUAAAACCAAAUGACUGAUGA